AUGUUUACGAAACGGAAAUGUCAAAUUGAAAAUGUCAAAAUAAAUCGAAAAUGAUUGAAGUCAAAGCAAAAUUAAUUAGAGGCUCGGUAUUUUUAAUCGGUGAAACAGUUGAGUGUUACAUUACGUUUAGCAAUCCGCCGAUACCAAAUUAUCAAACCUCUCAGAGUCACGAUGACAGUUUUGAAAGUUUAGCAUGGGCUUCAGCUCAAAUCGAUUGUUUAUGUACCACAGAUGGAAAAAUUGGUAAAAAUCCGUUAGGGGCAACUAAACCGAAAACAAAUAGUGAAACAUCAUUAACGCCAUGUGACGAAUCUGGAUAUAUUGAAGUGGCUACUAAGCCUGUUAUUUUAUUUUGUGAUUUACGUUUAUCCCCAGGAGAAACAAAAUCAUUUUUAUACCAAGAAGUGUUACCAAAUGAUGGCCCACCAUCUUAUCGAGGCCAAGCAAUUAAAUAUUCAUAUAAGAUAACAAUUGGAACGCAACGAGUGAAUAGUCCUAUAAAAUUAUUACGAGUACCUUUAAAAAUAUUACCAUUAAGUAUAUCAGGACUAACGGAUGCAGCAGGUUUACUUUGCAACGAUACAACCGAAGAAUUAACACCAACAAAUCCAUUCCUAGAAACAAAACCGACAGAAACACCCUUAGAAUUAGCGUUACAAAGUCUACAAAAUAUAACAGCACGACGACAACCAAAUUUUUAUAUGAUUUCAAAUACUAGGGGCAAAGUUGGAAGGUUUUGUUUGUUUAAAAAUGCAUAUAAAUUGGGUGAAGAUAUUGUUGGAACGUUUGAUUUUUCAAUUGCAACGGUGUCUUGUGUACAAUUAUCGGUGUCUUUACAAUGUGAAGAAGUUACAACAGUUGAAAGUAAAAAUAAUAAAGAGCCAUCGAAAAGAUCACGGAUUAUCACGUUUAAUAAACAUCAUGAAGUUUGUUUGGGUUUAAAACAUUCCCAAUUAAUUUUACCGGUUCCAUUACAUGUCACGCCGGCUUUUUCUACUCCAUUAGUGACAUUGAAAUGGAGACUACAUUUUGAAUUUGUUACGAGUACAAGCAAACAGUUAAUUCCACCUGGUUUAGAUCAAUGUGGCUGGCAAGGACCUAGUGAAUUACCAAUUGAAACAAUGGUUUGGAGUUUACCAGUACGAAUAUUUUCAACAACACCGUUACAAGUGUCUCUUGCAUUACAAGCAGCUACCGAACAUUCACUCAUCAUUCGAUAAUCUCGAAGUGUUUGUGCUAUUAAAAAUCAUGAACUAUGUAAUUUUUUAACUAAUAUUUAAUUUUAUGUAUAAAAGUGGUGUUAUAAUACCGAGAGUUUUAAAAUAUUGAAGGUGCAAUUAAUUAAUCACUAAACACGUUGAGCGUCAUUUACCUACCGUUCUUUUUAGUUUCUUCAUCCGAACUCGGGCUGAAUUCGAAUAGCCACUUUCUCCCCAAGAAAUACGUACAAUCAUAAAAAUGUUAAGCAAUUAACUUGGACAACUUUUUAGGGGAUGGCUCAAUAUUUUAAUUUAUACAUAUUAAAAAACGUAGGCAAGGCCAUUCGGACCCUAUCGGAUAUUUAACGGCCGUUAGCGACUUUUCUUAUAAAAGCACCUAGAACGUCAGGUAAAAAUCCUACUU